ACCCACUUUUCCCACCACCACACCGUGACCAAAUCAUCCAAUUUUCCCACAUUUUCCUCUUUUCCCACAUUUUCCCCAUGUGGAUGGUCUUAGAGCUAGGGGGGACAAAGUAGUUACGUUGGAAAUCAAUGCGAUAGGCUUGUGCUGAGUUCCUUGGAACCACUGAAUCAUCUCUUCACGUAAGAGGUUUGAGAAUAAGUGAGAUUUUGGGAGUUUAGGGGAUUUUUUUUAACCUAGGAAGAAAUUGAUUAUUAUAUUUAUAGGUAUAAUAUGCUUUUUUACUAUGUCAUUUUAUCAAAAAUGUCACUCUAAUAUUUUUUUUUUUUUUACAUCAAGCAUGUCCCUAUACUUUGAAAAUAUGAUCAAGCAUGCUCUUUUUGUUAAAAUUUUCAUCCAAAAAUCGUUAACACGGCUAAAUUAACUUUGGUUUAGGUGACACAAAUGUCUAAAAUAUCCUUAAUAAUUCCACUUCAGAUUUUUUUUUUGUUCUUUUGUCUAGCCAAAUAAUUCUAAUAAUUUCACUUUGACGAGACCCAGUAAUAAACAGGGGAUAAAACUGACAUUUUCCCUCACAUUUGUCGAUGUCGCGGGUCGUUUGAAUCUCGGUUUAACCAUGACUCGCGAUUUUUUUUCAAUGAAUCUCGGUUUAACAUAGUAGAGGGGCUACAAUCGUACAUACACCCAGCUACAUCUCACAAGUUUGUUGAGCACUGAUUUAUGACUAUUAAUUAGUAGGGCCCCCGAAGCUGAAAUAGGAGUUGGUUCUGGCAUUUUAAUGUACGUGUUCGCUUUUGACACCAACAAAUACAAACUGCACCAAGUUUGGAAAUUUUUUUGGUGAAAUUAACGUGCUUAAUUUGAUAGCUAGAGCCUCGAAUUUACUACUAUAAAAGAGCUUAAGCUGGCGGAAAGCUUUUAUAUAGUUUCUCAUACACUGCGUACGUACGUUGAGAAACUGCUCUCCUCUCCCACCAUUCCCGACGCCAACGAGAUGCUGCUACUGGAGCAGAAGACUGUCCUGGUCACUGGGGCAACAGGGUUUCUCGCAAAGAUAUUGGUAGAGAAGAUACUGAGGAUCCAACCCAAUGUGAAGAAGCUCUACCUUCUCUUGAGAGCUUCUACUUCAUCCUCCGCCGCGAAGCGCUUCCACGACGAGGUGCUUGGGAAGGAGGUGUUUAGGGUUUUGAAAGAUGAAUGGGGAGCAGGUUUCCAGUCAUUCAUUUCAGAGAAAGUGGUUGCUGUUGCUGGAGAUGUUUCAUCAGAGGAUUUGGGGAUAGAGAACCUCCAUUUGAAGGAAGAAAUCCUCAAGGAAACCGACUUGGUUCUUAAUUUUGCAGCCAUCACCAAAUUUGAUGAAAGGUACGAUGUGGCACUUGGGACGAAUACUUUUGGAGCUCUGCACGUGCUCAACUUCUCCAAGAAAUGUGCCAAAAUCAAGUUGCUUAUCCAAGUCUCAACUGCUUAUGUGUAUGGGGAAGAGCGAGGGAUUCUCGCGGAGAAGCCGCUGAUCCUGGGAAAAGCCGCAAGAGGAAGAACCAAUAUGGACGUAUUGAGUGGUGAAAUCGAGGUUGCCCAAAAACGACUGCACCAACUGCACUCCCAAAAUCGCACCGACGAGGAAAUUACCACUGCAAUGAAAAAUCUCGGCCUCGAAAGGGCUGGUUACUAUGGGUGGCCUAACACCUACACAUUUACAAAGGCAAUGGCAGAGAUGGUUAUGGUUGAGUCCAAAGGAGACCUCCCUCUUGUCAUCAUAAGGCCAACAAUGGUGACAAGUACCCAUAAAGACCCAUUCCCUGGUUGGCUGGAAGGUGUUAGGACGCUUGACGGAUUUAUUGUGAGCUAUGCCAGAGGAAGACUGAAGUGCAUCGUCCAUAGACCAGAUGUCAUUCUUGAUUUGAUACCAGCUGACAUGGUUGUGGAUGCAACUAUUGGAAUAACUGCUAUGGCACUUGCAAACCAGCAUGUGGAUCUGGUUUACCAUUUGGGUUCUUCAUCGAAAAACCCAAUAAGACUGCAAGAGAUCCACAGGUUGAUGAAGGCUUUCUUUGCUAAAGAUCCAUGGAAAAAUCGCCAAGGAAAGCCCGUAAAAGCUGGUAAAGUCACCACUCUCAGUUCCAUGGCUUCUUUCCAUGUUUACAUGGCCAUUCGCUUUCAACUCCCCUUGAAGAUAAUGGGUCUGCUGAGCGCAAGUUGUUGUCACAAAUUGGAAGCAAAUUAUGUCGAUCUCCAUCGGCAAUUGAAGUCGGGGAUGCGACUGAUACAACUCUACAAAUCCUAUUUAUUUUUCGACGGAAUUUUCGAUGACACAAAUUUGGAGGAGUUGAGGAAAAGGGCUAGAGAUGAGAAAGGGUUGUACGAGGUGGAACAGUUAAACAUGGAUAUCAAGAGUAUCGAUUGGAAGGGCUACAUCACCAAUGUCCACAUUCCUGGUCUUCUUCAAUUCGUCGUGAAAAAAUGAAUCCAUCUAUCGGCACCAAUUUCCAACACUUUUUUUUUAUUUUGGGUUGAAAAUUUCCAACACUUUUGGUGACCGUUGGUUUGGUCGCAAUAGAGAAGGCUCUUGUUCUAUAGCUGGUAAUGUAUUACAAUAUAAUAAACAGAAGCAAUGACUUCUUUGGGAGAUGAAGGAGAAAACAGAAAAGCAAUAUUCAAUAGGGGUCGAGUUUGGUUAUUAUUAUUAUUGUUAUUAUUAUUGUGUGAUGCAUUAUAGUGUCGUGGCCCGAGUUUGGUUAUUAUUAUUAUUUGUCUUCAUAUAAAUUAUUGGUUGGAAUAUUUUGUUGUUAUUAUUACUAUUAUUUAUUGUGUCUUGUCUAGAAAGUAAUCGUUCACUUGUUGGUUUGAGAUUAGAUUUCCUUGUCUUAAGGGAAAAAAGUUUGCAAGAUUAGUCCUAUAAAUAUGUAUGUUUGUUCUUCUAUUUUCAUUCAAGUAAUAAAGUUCGGUAUUUAAU